GCUACGUCAUUCAGGGCGACAUAAGCUGAAGCUACGCUGUUGUGUCACAUUGUGCGGUACACGAGACGGGUAGCGAUUGUUGAUUGAGUGAUGCAGGAGACUGAAUUAGUUUUGAAAGGAAACCAUUAACGACAUACAGAGGUUUUCGGGACGUCACUUUACAAGGACGCGAGUUUUCAUCACCCCACUCAGAGCACCUGAGAAAGUUGAAUCAGAGAUAAAAAGCUUCCAUUUAAUGUAAUGUUUAGAUGGAUAUAAAAGAGGAGACAUGUGAGGCUGACAUACAUAUCAUGGAGGAAAGGAUCGUAAAUGUUAAGGAGGAGGAGGACUGUGAAUGGGAGUGUUUCCACCCUAAAUAUGAGAGUCUUCUCAUUAAGGAAGAGGACUGUGAAUUGGGGUCAGUGGGCAUUAAAGAAGAGGAUGGAGAGAAGUCUGUCAGCAGUGCAACUGACAUCCAUAAAAAUAUAGAGAGUGUCAAGGAAGACGACCUUCAUUAUGGACAUCACGGUGAUGCAGUGGCCACGUUCGCUUCUUGUCAAAGAAGACACUCUUCAUCUCCAGAGUCCUCUAUCGAUAUGAAGUCUGAAUUUUUACAGUCUGACACAAAGGGGAAGGAAGACAAUUCAUCUUUUACAACUCAGAAUGAUCAGCUGCUGCUUUCAGAGAAAUCUAGAAAAACUGGAUCAGCGAGCAGGGGGUCACAAGCGACAACUCCAGAGGAUUCCAAAGGAGGACAGUGGACUGAAAGAAGUAAAAUGGAAGGAGACAAACCUCACUGCUGUUCUGAAUGUGGCAAACAAUUAUCAAGCCGGAGUUCCCUUUCAAGGCACAAAAGAAUUCAUAUGGGAGAGAAGCCUUAUUGCUGUCCGGAAUGUGGCAAACAAUUAUCGUACAAAAGUGACCUUUCAAGGCACAGAAGAACACACACAGGAGAGAAGCCUUAUCGCUGUCCUGAAUGUGGCAAACAAUUAUCAUACAAAAGUGACCUUUCAAGGCACAGAAGAAUUCACACAGGAGAGAAACCUUUUUGUUGUUGUGAAUGUGGCAAACAAUUCUCAACCAAAAGUGACCUUUCGAGGCACAAAAGAAUUCACAUAGGAGAGAUGUCUUAUUGCUGUCCUGAAUGUGGUAAACAAUUAAAUAAUAAGAUUGCAAUUUCAAGGCACAAAAUAAUUCACACAAGAGAGAAGUCAUAUAGCUGUCCUGAAUGUGGCAAACAAUUAAAAAACAAGAUUGUCCUUUCAAGGCACAAAAGAAUUCACACAAAAGAGAAGCCUUAUUGUUGCAAUGAAUGUGGCAAACAAUUUUUGCAAAAGAAGAAUCUUCAAAGACACCAAACCGUUCACACAGGAGAAAAGCCUUAUUGCUGUUCUGAAUGUGGCAAGUGGUUUUCCCAAAAGAACAAUCUUCAGAUCCACCAAAGAAUUCACACAGGAGUGAAGCCUUAUCGCUGUUCUGAAUGUGGCAAGCAUUUUCUUUUAAAGAGUGAUCUUCAGAGCCACCAAAGAAUUCACACAGGAGAAAAGCCUUAUUGCUGUUCUGAAUGUGGGAAGCAGUUUUCAAAAAAGAUCAAUCUUCAGAGCCACCAAAGAAUCCAUACAGGUGAAAAGCCCUAUUGUUGUUUUGAAUGUGGCAAGCAGUUUUUGCAUAAGAAGAAUCUUCAGAUCCACCAAAGAAUUCACACAGGAGAAAAACCUUAUUGCUGUUCUGAAUGUGGAAAGCAGUUUUCGCAAAAGAUGAAUCUUCAGAGCCACGUAAGAAUUCACACAGGUGAAAAGCCUUAUUGUUGUUCUGAAUGUGGCAAGCGAUUUUCGAAUGCGAGCAAUUUUAAGAAGCACCAAAGAAUUCACACAGGAGAGAAACCUCACUGCUGUUCUGAAUGUGGCAAACAAUUAUCAAGCAAGAGUGCUUUCUCAAAACACAAAAGAAUUCACACAGGAGAGAAACCUUAUUGCUGUUCUGAAUGUGGCAAGCAGUUUUCGCAAAAGAUCUUUCUUCAGGGCCACCAAAGAAUUCACACAGGAGAAAAGCCUUAUAGCUGUUCUGAAUGUGGCAAGCGAUUUUCACAAAAAAGCCAUCUUCAGAGACACCGAACAAUUCACACUGGAGAAAAGCCUUAUAGCUGUUCAGAAUGUGGCAAGCAGUUUUCACAAAAGACCAGUCUACAGAGACACCAAACAAUUCACACGGGAGAGAAGCCUUAUUUCUGUUCUGAAUGUGGCAAACCGUUUUCAAUAAAGAGAAAUCUGCGGAACCACCAAAGAAUUCACACAGGAGAGAAGCCUUAUUGCUGUUCUGAAUGUGGGAAACAGUUUUCACAGAAGAGCAAUCUGAAGAAGCACCAAAGAAUUCACACACGAGAGAAACAGCAGCUUGUAAAUUAGGUGUUUUAGGGCAUCAAUAGAAAGAAAUUGUGUGACUGAUAAGUGCCUCUUCUUCCAAAUGGAGCUAGAAGUAGUCACACGUCUUGUUGCGGGGCAUGAGGUACUGAUGGCUGAUUAUAUACUGAAAGAUGAAACCGAGAAGCUAGGCUAAUUCACUGGAAACUCUGUAAGGAAGAAAGCUUACCUGGCUGAGAAAGACAUUGGGACCACAAUCCAGACAGUAUAAUAGAAAAUGAGAAGUUGUUAGUCACAGUUAGGGGGACAACAGUUGCUACUCAUCGACUUACAGUUGGCCAGGAGAAAUAGACUUACAAAGCCUAGAUAAUAGAAGUGUCAGUUUUUAGUGAUUGUUCGGUUCUAUGAAUGGAGAGGCAUUACAAUAAAAUAUACUAAGAAAUGCAAUCUGAGAUCUGACAAAUGUAGUGAAACAGGUGAAAUGAGAGAAUUGCAUAUUAAUAUCCAAAAACCUACCAUGGCAAACACCAAACUCAAAAUGCUGCCAAAUGCAAAAAGCUAGGAUAUAAAUACAUACCAAGAGAACACACAGAACAGACAACUACAAGAAAAUCUGAAAAAGUUCUAAAGAAUGUAAAGUUGGGGGCACCCUGAAAGUAAACUCGCCACCUAACAAACAAAGACACAAACAGUUUGGAGAAAAAUACAUGAAGAUGCUCAAAAACAAUAAAAGUAACUUGGAAAAGCAAACUACAGACAGGAACAGAAAACACUGAAGACGAAAGGAAUGGAAUGGUGUGGGGUAACAACCUAUGAAACUAGAAACCAAACUCAUGUCGAACUGCUGCUUGUGGGAAGACACCUGGUCCAGACCCUCUACCCCACUUUAGGGUAAAGCAUCUAACAUCUGUAUCGGGAUAUGUGUAUAAAAAAAUCUCCCCAUGGCCUGCCUCUCAACUGUAUGGUUUGCACUCCAGUAGUUGUGUUCAUCUACCCAAGAUCCUGGGUGAGAACAGGUGGUGAGAAUUUUACUCUCACUCUUCUCAAUAGAUCUCUCUCCAAACUCUUAUGUUGUUUUCUCGCAUGAUGUUGAGGAGAUCAGUGAAAAGGGCUGUUCUGUCAUCGAUCAAAUAAAUUAAUGUGACAAUUC